AUGGGCUUCCCAACCUUCCUCUCCAGAGUGCCGUCAAGACUUCUCUCAGACGUCCUCGAUGGCGCGCAGCAGCUUUACAGCAACGGAGACGAAGGCGUUGAACUCCUUGACCUUCUCGCGGGCCUUCUUAAGAGUGGCAAGAACCCGCGCUCGCGGGGGCCCAUCUCGGCGAGGGUGCUCGGCGGCCGUGAUGUUGCGAGUCGAAGUGCUCAGGUUAACCACUCCUGGUUGAUUUAUUCCUACAGCGCUUCCUCUGAUUGGCUGGAUCCGGGAUUAGAUUGA